UCCUCUCUCUCUCUCUCUCUCUCUCUUUCUCUCUCUCUAAAACCCAAAAACCCUUUUUCUCCCGCCGCGGGAACAAAAUCCCGCGUCGUCUCCCUCCUAGUCGAUUUCUAGGGUUUCCUCCGGUGGGCAGGGGCGCCUCCCAUGGCGUGGGACGACGAGAUCAUCGGCCCGGACGUCGCCUCCGCCGGUCUCCACGUCAGCGAGCGGAUCGGCAAGGAGGUCGCCGCGCGCCUCGACCUCGAGGAGGCCCUCGAGGCCUCUCGGUACGCGAGCCACCCCUACUCCUCCCUCCCCAAAGAGUGGCCUUCUCUGGUUGAAGUGGCGGAAACUCGGGAAUUACCUCCUACGUUGAUAGAAAGAUAUAAUGAAUCUGGAGGUGAAGGAACAGCCCUUUGUGGAAUAUUUUCUGAGAUACGUCGAGCUUGGGCAUCAGUUGACAAUUCUUUGUUCCUUUGGCGCUUUGAUAAGUGGGAUGGACAAUGCCAAGAAUAUAACGGAGAGGAGCAAGCAAUUUGUGCUGUUGGGCUUGCUAGAACAAAGCCUGGAAUUUUUGUUGAAGCCAUUCAAUACCUUUUAGUUUUAGCAACUCCCGUUGAGUUGAUUCUUAUUGGAGUUUGCUGCACUGCUAGUGGAGAUGGAACUGAUCCAUAUGCUGAGAUAUCAUUACAACCUUUACCUGACUAUACUGUACCAUCUGAUGGUGUCACGAUGACAUGCAUUGCUUGUACCAAUAACGGCCAUAUUUUCCUGGCUGGGCGCGAUGGGCACAUAUAUGAAAUAGAGUACACAAUUGGCUCAGGCUGGCAUAAGCGUUGUAGAAAGGUUUGCCUUACUGGCGGUCUGGGCAGUCUUCUUUCGAGAUGGGUCUUGCCAAAUGCCCUGAAAUUCGGAGCUGUGGAUCCUGCCGUUGACAUGGUUGUUGACGAUGAAAGGCAUAUUAUUUAUGCACGAACGGAAGGUAAUAAAUUGCAAGUCUAUGAUCUUGGUGUAAAUGGUAAUGGCCCACUUACAAAAAUCGCUGAAGAAAAGAACUUGACCGAUCCACGCGAAACACAAUACGGGGGUCGAAGGCCCGCAGGCCCAAGAUCAGCUACACGUGUGUCAAAACCGUCAAUAAUACAUAUUGCGCCUUUAUCUCUUAUUGAAUCAAGACGGCUUAAUGUAACGGCUGUUUUAUCAGAUGGUAGGAGAAUGUACCUUUCUACUUCUUCUCCAGGUGGACGUACUGAUUCUUCCCAAAGGCCAACUUGUUUAAAAGUUGUUUCAAUGAGGCCUUCUCCUCCUUUAGGGGUUGGUGGUGGGCUCACGUUUGGUGCUAUCUCUAUAGCUAAUAGAGCUCAGCCUGAGGAUCUUGUGUUAAAAGUGGAAUCAGCCUUUUAUUCUGUGGGAACCCUCGUGCUCUCUGAUUCGUCGGCCGCAACAAUGUCCUCUCUUCUGAUCGUGCACAAUGAUUCAACUAUUCAGUCAUCAAUUCCGAGUAAUUAUGGAAUGACUGCUGCAAGAAGCUCUCGUGCCUUAAGGGAAUUAGUAUCGUCUUUACCUAUUGAGGGUCGAAUGCUUUGUGCAGCUGACAUAUUACCCUUGCCAGAUGUAGCAAUUAUUGUGCACUCUUUGUAUGCCGAUGCGGAAGCCCUAGCGGGUUUAACCGAAUCUUGUGAAAAGGCAUGUGGGAAACUGUGGGCUAGAGGUGAUCUUCCUACGCAACAUGUUUUGCCCAGGAGAAGGAUCAUUGUCUUUAGUACUAUAGGCUUGAUGGAAGUUGUUCUUAACAGACCUGUGGACAUUCUGAGAAGAUUGUUCGAGCUCAGUGCACCGAGAUCGCAGAUGGAAGAUUUCUUCAACCGCUUCGGUGCAGGAGAGGCUGCAGCUAUGUGCUUAUUGUUAGCUGCAAAAUUAGUUUUUGCUGAAGAGAAUCUCAUAAGCAAUACAGUUGCUGAGAGAGCAGCUGAAGCAUUUGAGGAUUCAGGGCUUGUUGGAAUGCCACAAAUGGAUGGUGUGAAUGCUUUUUCAAACACCCAAACUCAAGCUGGGGGUUUCAGCAUGGGGCAGGUCGUUCAAGAGGCAGAACCUUUAUUCUCUGGCGCACAUCAAGGGCUCUGUUUGUGCUCAUCAAGGUUACUAUUUCCUGUUUGGGAGUUCCCUAUUGUGAUUGUUCGAGGGCAAAGUGGUCCCAAUGCUCGCGAAGGAGUAGUCGUUUGCAGGCUCUCUUCUGAGGCAAUGAAAAUUCUAGAGAGCAAGAUUCGAUCUUUAGAAAAUUUCCUAAGGUUUAGAAGGAACAAGAGAAGGGGGCUUUAUGGUUAUGUUGCUGGUCUAGGAGAUUAUUCUGGUUCUAUUCUCUAUGGAGGAGUUGGUAGUCGUAGUACUACUAAAAUCUCUUUUGCUCCACAAACUCGAGAUGUCGAUUCAGCAGACCGCACAGCAUUGAAUAAAAGGCAACGGGUUCUUUAUAGUCCAGCUGAACUAGCUGCCAUGGAGGUGAGAGCAAUGGAAUGUCUUAGGCGGUUGCUUCGAAGAUCUAGUGAAGCACUUUUCUUGCUUCAGCUUAUUUCCCAUCAUAAUGUUACUCGCUUGGUUCAAGCUUUAGACAAUACUUCAUGCCAGAAAUUAGUUCAAUUAACAUUCCAUCAGUUGGUUUGUUCUGAGGAGGGUGACCAGCUUGCUAUGCGACUUAUUUCUGCGCUUAUGGAGUACUAUAUUGGCCCAGAUGGGAGGGGCACAGUAGAUGAGAUCAGUGCUAAACUGAGGGAUGGAUGUCCAAGUUAUUUCAAUGAGUCAGACUACAAAUAUUACCUGGCAGUAGAAUGUCUUGAGAGAGCCUCCAUCACUGGCAGUACAGAUGAGAGGGAAACUCUUGCUAGAGAUGCUUUCAACCUCUUAACAAGAAUCCCAGAGUCUGCGGAAUUGAGCUCUAUAUGCAAACGAUUUGAGAACUUAAGAUUUUAUGAAGCCGUAGUACGGCUACCUCUGCAGAAAGCUCAAGCUAUUGAUCAAAAGGGUGAUGCUGUCAAUGCCAAAUUUGAUCCGAGGCACCGGGAUGCUGUAAUUGCUCAGCGGGAACAGUGCUAUGAAAUAAUUAUGAAUGCCCUCCGUUCUCUGAAGGGUGUUGGUCCUAGUGGGGCCCAGCGGGAAUUUGGGACUCCUAGCAGGUUGUCUGCUUCAGGAUCUGACUUGGAUCAGGCGUCUCGCAACAAGUACAUUAGGCAGAUCAUUCAGCUCAGUGUCCAGUGGCCUGACACAGCUUUUCACGAGUAUUUAUACAGGACAUUGAUCGAGCUGGGCCUUGAAAAUGAACUGUUGGAGUAUGGAGGGUCGGAUUUGGUCUCAUUUCUACAGAGUGCGGGUCGUAAGCCUCUACAAGAGGCUGUUUCUCCAGCUACAUCUCUGGCUUCUGGGUUGCAUGAUGUGGAGGGAGCUAUCCCUUCAGGCCACACAAAGUAUCUCGACCUUCUUGCGAGGUAUUAUGUACUGAAGGGGCAACAUUUACUUGCUGCUCAUGUCCUGUAUAGAUUGGCAGAGAGGCAAUGCUCUAAUGCAGAGGAGGCUCCUACUCUGGAGCAGAGGUACCAGUAUUUGAGUAAUGCCGUUCUGCAGGCUAAAAGUGCAAGCAGUAGCAUCGGCUCUAGCAACAAUAGUAUUGAUGAUGGUUUGCUUGAUAUGCUCGAAGCUAAACUUGUAGUGCUUCGAUUCCAAAUGAAAAUCAAAGUGGAGUUGGAAUCUAUGGCAUCAAGACUACAAGAUUUGCCUGAGAGUAGUAGACAAGUUCCAAAUGACCCUUUUCCACAGGAUAACAUAGUAGCUGAUGUCGAAACUGCCAAGGCAGCAAGAGACAAGGCAAAAGAGUUAUCUCUGAACUUGAAGAGCAUUACCCAGCUGUACAAUGAUUAUGCCGUUCCAUUUAAGCUUUGGGAGAUGUGCCUGGAAAUGCUCAACUUUGCAAACUAUUCUGGAGAGGCCGACAGUAAAAUCGUUCGAGAAAUCUGGAUUCGGCUUCUUGAUCAAGCUCUUUCACGAGGUGGCCUUGCAGAAGCCUGUUCCGUACUGAAGAGAGUGGGCUCAAAUCUCUAUCCUGGAGAUGGGGCUUGCUUACCCCUAGAUAUAAUUUGCCUCCAUCUGGAGAAGGCUGCACUGGAGAGAUUAACUUCGGGAGCUGAGUUAGUUGGGGACGAGGAUAUUGCGAGAGCUCUUCUUGCAGCCUGUAGAAGUGCUCAUGAGACUGUACUAGGCGUCUAUGAUCAGUUGUUAUCAAGCGGAGCCAUUUUGACCUCUUCGAACCUGAGAUUGCGCCUCUUACGAUCGGCCCUUGCGAUCCUUCGAGACUGGGGCAUGUCUGUACUAACAAAUAAAUUGGGCACUACAGCAGCUGGGGCUUCCUUCGUUCUUGGCGGUGGUGCGUUUUCACUUGAUCGGGCGGCUGUUCUUAAUCAGGGGAUAAGAGAUAAAAUCUUGAGUUUGGUAAACAGGUAUAUGACUGAGGUUCGACGUCUGGCCCUCCCUCAAAACCAAACUGAACCUGUUUAUCGGGGCUUCCGUGAACUUGAAGAAAGGCUACUGUCCCCAUCUUCUUAUUAGCCAGUUUAUUGUGCCUUUGAGCACCUGCUUUAUAGAAUACCUGUCAUCCUGCAUUCAAAGCUGUUAUAUGUGUUUACCAUGGCCAAACUAUGUAUCACAUGUGCAUUAGUGCUGAUUGAUUUGUUGUAAUUGUGCCUGAGAUAUACUCUUAUCUUUUUUUCUUUUUUGUGUUAUGACUGUGGAAGCAAGGAUUAGUAACUUGACUGUGCCGAAACUGCGAGAAACUUUUUUUUUUUUUUCCCCUCCUUUGUAGAUUUGUAUGGUUAGUCAAAAGUUUUCAAUGUAUGAUUACUGUUACGGAUGAAUAGAAGCGUCUUUCUUAA